AUGUCGGUCCUGAUAGUUACUAGCUUGGGAGACAUGGUCUUGGAUUUGCACACAGAUCUCUGCCCUUUGACCUGCAAGAACUUUCUGAAACUCUGCAAGAUGAAAUAUUACAAUGGGUGCCUAUUUCACACAGUUCAGAAGGAUUUUACAGCACAGACAGGUGAUCCUACCGGAACAGGGUCCAGUGGUGACUCUAUCUACAAAUUGAAGGCUGAGAGCCUGAGACUUGGCCUUAGUGUUCAGUUUCCUAUGUCAGUUGCUCGCUUUUUUAGUGAUGAGAUUCGUUUGGAUUUGAAGCAUUCCAAGAUGGGCACAGUAUCCAUGGCCAGUGCAGGGGAAAAUCUAAAUGCUUCUCAGUUUUAUAUCACACUGCGUGAUGAUCUUGACUAUCUUGAUGGGAAGCACACUGUUUUUGGGGAGAUUGCGGAAGGGUUUGAGACUCUAAAUAGGAUAAAUGAAGCUUAUGUGGACGAGAAGGGCAGGCCAUAUAAAAACAUCCGAAUCAAACACACUUAUGUACUGGAUGAUCCUUUUGAUGAUCCUUCACAACUAGUGGAGUUGAUUCCGGAUGUUUCUCCUGAAGGAAAACCAAAAGAAGAGGUUGAUGAUGAUGUGCGACUUGAAGAUGACUGGGUUCCCAUGGAUGAGCAAUUAGGUACAGCAGAGCUUGAGGAGGUUCUUCGUUCAAAGGAUGCACAUUCCAGUGCAGUUGUUCUCGAAAGUAUAGGGGACAUUCCAGAUGCUGAGAUAAAGCCUCCUGAUAAUGUACUGUUUGUUUGUAAACUAAAUCCAGUAACUGAAGAUGAGGACCUAAAUACAAUCUUUUCACGUUUUGGAACUGUAACAUUAGCUGAGAUUAUCCGGGAUUAUAAAACUGGAGAUAGUUUAUGCUAUGCUUUCAUAGAGUUCGAGGACAAAGAGGCUUGCGAACAAGCAUACUUUAAGAUGGAUAAUGCCUUAAUUGAUGACCGAAGGAUACAUGUCGAUUUCAGUCAAAGUGUUUCAAAACUAUGGUCCCAGUAUCGGCGUAAAGAUAACAAAAUGGGUAAAGGAAGUGGGUGCUUCAAAUGUGGUUCUCUUGAUCACAUUGCGAAAGAUUGCACUGGAGACCCGACCAUCAAACAGCAACCUCCAAAAUACAUCCUGAAACAUGAUAACACUCAGCAUGGUGGAGAUAAUAACUCGAGGUAUGAAAUGGUAUUUGAUGGAGAUGAUGCUGGAAGUCCACGGCGAAAUAAGAGACAUAGAAACCACGAAGGUGAAGGUUUUACUGAGAAACAGCAUGUGAACCGGCAAAGUCCCGUUGACCUCAAGGAAGGGGAUCAGAGAAAGCGAGUCUCACGUGAUUCGCAUAAGCGACCUGAAAGAAGUAAAGAACAAGUGGAAGAUGAGAGGUACAGGGGAAGUAGAACCAGUCCAUCUGCUAGCAGACACAGUGAUUACAGAGAUGGAGACUAUAGAAAAAGAAAUCAAUCAGAUUAUAGAAGAAAAACAGAUAAUUCCAGCCAUGAGGAUAGGAGGGAUGAGGGUGAGUAUGCAAGGAGGAGGUAUGCAGAUGAUGUUGGCCGUGGGGAUGGGAGGGCUGAGAGAGAUUAUAGGAAGAGGAGUGCGGAUAAUGAUACUACAAGAAGCCUGAGGGAUGAUCCAAGUCAUCGGAAGGUAGCUGCAGAUAGUAGUAGGCAAGACCGCAGAGAUGAGGUAGGUGAUAGAAAGACACGUGCAGAUAUCGAUGGUCGUAAGGGCAGUGGGGAAGAGCGAGAUUAUAUCCAAAGAAGCACAAAAGGUGGUGAUGGUUGUGAUCGCGAUCAUGAUCGUGUUCGUGCUCGUGACAAAAGGCCUUGA